ACCGGAAGUUUGCAGUCUUAGUAUAAAAGCAUUUCCGCCUAAUUCGGGGGUCCUUUCCUGUCUACGGCCUAUUGGAAGAUGGCGGUGCAAAUCUCCAAGAAGAGGAAGUUCGUCUCAGACGGUAUCUUCAAGGCCGAGCUGAACGAGUUUCUGACUCGUGAGCUUGCUGAGGAUGGUUACUCUGGGGUGGAAGUGCGUGUGACUCCCACCAGGACUGAGAUCAUUAUCCUGGCCACAAGGACCCAGAACGUUCUGGGAGAGAAGGGUCGUCGCAUCAGAGAGCUGACCGCUGUGGUCCAGAAGAGGUUCGGCUUCCCCGAGGGCAGCGUGGAACUCUAUGCAGAGAAGGUCGCCACCCGUGGUCUGUGCGCCAUCGCCCAGGCCGAGUCUCUGCGUUAUAAACUACUGGGAGGCCUGGCUGUGAGACGGGCGUGUUACGGCGUUCUGAGGUUCAUCAUGGAGAGCGGAGCCAAGGGCUGUGAGGUGGUGGUCUCUGGGAAGCUGAGGGGCCAGAGGGCCAAGUCCAUGAAGUUUGUGGACGGGCUGAUGAUCCACAGCGGAGACCCCGUCAACUACUACGUGGACACAGCGGUCCGCCACGUCCUCCUGAGACAGGGUGUGUUGGGCAUCAAGGUGAAGAUCAUGCUGCCCUGGGACCCCAGCGGCAAGAUCGGCCCCAAGAAGCCCCUCCCCGACCACGUCAGCAUCGUGGAGCCCAAGGAGGAGACCCUGCCCACCACGCCCGUGUCUGAGCAGAAGGGCUGCCCCAAGCCCGAGGUGCCCGUCAUGCCCCAGGGGACCCCCGUCCCCACAGCAUAAGGAAGGUUUCCAUCAUUUUGACGGUGGGCGGACCUUGUGUGUUUUGUGUACAAAAACAAUAAAAUCUGGAAAAUACA